AUGAUGAGUGUUAGCUCUAAUACUGUGCUAGAUAGUAGCAAACCUGAGCAGUUGGAUCCAGAGAAGUAUACGAAAACAAUCCCUCAGGUCAAGAAAGAAGGAGUCCAUGAUAUCAUACCGCCAGUGCAAGUUGACACGAUCAUUACCAAAGCGGGAAAAACUGUAGAUAAUGCGCAUAUAAAAACGGAAAAGUCAAAAGCAAAGGAAGGACAACCCAUGUUGACACAAGAGAGUGCGCUUGGUAACCCCAAACCUUCGCCAACUAAUGGUGAUUCUGUGUCGAAAGUGUCAGCGUAUGCGAGAUUAGAUUUUGAAAAGUCCAUGUUCUAUGUUCAAACUCUUCAGGUAGUUCUUGGUAGGAACCCAGAUAGUAACCAUCAUACAGUUGACGUUGAUCUGGGAAAUAUCAAAUCGGUGUCCAGGAGACAUGCGAUCAUUCACUAUAACUUUGCAGCGCAAAGGUUUGAACUAUCAGUCUUGGGGAGAAAUGGGGCAUUUAUAAAUGAUACAUUUGUUGAGUCAGGAAUCACCUUACCUCUUUCCCAUGGUACCAAAAUUCAAAUCGGUACCAUUGAGUUUCGUUUUUUGCUUCCUAGUUCAAAGUCAAGAGAGCGCAGCAAAUCGCCAUCAAAACAAAUUAAUCCCGUAGAUGCUGUUCAAUUAAAGACUAAUCUCUACAAGAACAGCUCCAAAGCAUUGCAUAACAGUAGGGGAAAUUUGUCCUCCCUAUCCGAAACUGAGAAAGACGUUUCCAAGUCAGAUGACGAUGUCAAACUAGACGAAAGGCGAAAACUUUCUUCCAACGUUUUAUCGACAGCCACUCCUGUUGGGUCUUCAAGUAGCUCUACUCCAAAGGCAUUAAAUCUUUCGGUUUCAAACCCCAAUGAUUUUGAUGUCAAUGCCCCAACGCGUUCUGGAAUUUCCAUUGCACAACAGGUUACAGAAGCAUUACAAACAGCAGCAGUCAAUCCCCAAUCAUAUCCCCCACCCAUUAAUCAGCCACUGGAUGCAGUAGCAUUAGCCAAUCUAAAGAAAAAGGAACCUCGCAAGAAACAACCUAAACAGCCAAAAAAAGUUUACACUUUGGAAGAGAUCCCACCAGAAUACCGGACCAAACCUGCAUGCUCGUAUUCAACUUUGAUCGCCACAUGCCUUCGUGCUAGAAGCACAGAGAAAGGUAUGUCUCUUUCCGAAAUUUACAAAGCUAUUCAGGAGAUCUAUCCCUACUAUAAGUACUGUCCAGAUGGAUGGCAGAGUUCUGUUAGACAUAAUCUUUCUUUGAAUAAGCUCUUCAAAAAAGUUUCCAAGGAAGGAAAAGGCUGGUUGUGGGGGUUGGAUGAGGAGUACUGUGCCGAAAAGGAAAAAGUCAAGAAAAAGCAGGUAGCAGCGGCUGCUGCAAAGGUCAAAUCCCAACAAGAUAGAAUUCAACAGCAACAACAACAACAUAUGCAGCAAUUACAGAACUUGCAACAAAAGUACAGUGGAUCAGGAAGUCUACCUGGUAACUCUCCAGGAUCGGCAAUUGCUUCUCCAGAUAUAACAAGAAGCAUUGUCCAGAAAGCUGCAGUCGGAAUCAGUGAUUCGCCUUCACCAACUCCUGCUACUCCCUCCAGUUCUAAUAAUAUUCAAGCACAACUGGCAGCCAACAGAAGUAAUCCCAAUAUUCGACCUGGGCAAAAACCUAAUCAGUUGUCAAGUGACACAAUGAAGGCCCUAGGAUAUCUCCAGCAGGAAUUAAUAAAGUUGACAAAGGAUAGAAAGAUGACCGAUAAGGCUACUACUACGACGAUUCUAACCCAGGCAUUAGCGAUGACAAUUGCGCAAGUGAACCAAGCGGCGAAGAAUGCAGGAAUCCCAGGAAAUCCCCUGGCUUCCUUAAUCGAACGUAAUCCUCAGCAUGUCACAAAGAUUCUAACCGCAGCAUUGAAUGCUGCAACACUUCAAGUAACAAAAGUCAAGCCACCCAACGCUACUAAUGUUGGAACCAGCAGCAAAGCUCUUGGAACCCCGAAACCCCCGCAGGCUUCGGUUGUUACGCAACCUAGUCAAGCACGCGUUCAAACCCCUACACAACCACCAUUCAAAGCGCCUCAUGUGACUUCCAAGCCUCCACCUGUUCAGGUGCCAGUGGCAACAAAUAUUUCUUUAAAUCAGUUACCAUCUCCGGCCGUAAAAUCAGAAGCAAAGGAUUCGGACCCCGUUGUUGGUGCUCCUAAAGAUUCUCCAUCGCAAUCCAGCCCUUCACCUAAAAGUUCUGCAUCAAUGAUAAAGAAGCCGAACUAUUACGCAAAGGGGCAACCAGGGGCUUCAGCUGAUACCAUUAACAAGCUGAAAAGACCUGAGGGGUUUUCAAAACCAAAUUCAUUAAUGAAACCUCAGAAUAACCUGGGUCACCCAAGGCUACCUAUGAGUUUCAACGCUCGUCCAGGGUUAGUUGAGUCAACACCUGCAACACCUGGAGUGAGUCCCCCAAAGCCUAGAGCACAUCAACCUCAACCUUAUAGUAAAGCACAGCCCUUAAAACCAGUAGGUUAUGUGAAUCGUGAAAAAGCAUCAACCCAAGUGGAUGCUAAUUCGGUUCCAAAAGUUGACCAGCAUACCGUUGACACAUUGACAGACUCUUCAUUCUUGGAGCUGCCACCAGAAUUAAGUAAUCCAGAGCUGGACAAAGUGCUGGAGUCAUUUUCAGCUAGUCCUACUCCAGAUCCAAUUCAACCAAGAAAAACCGAUCAAGUCGGAGAUGUUGACUUUGAUAAAGAAUUAGAUGUUAUCCUAUCAACACCAGCAUCUGUAAAUAAUUCUAGACAGGCAACUCCUACCGCAGAAGUUCCAAAUCUGAAAAGAGAGAGGACAGAUAGUGACGAGCCUGAGGGUAAUACCAUAGCCAAAAUGGCCAAAUCAGAACAAUAG